AUGAAGGAGCCGCCCAAGGCCUGGACCAAGGCUCAGGUCCUCGUCUACAGCUUCUCCAUCAUUGCCUUCUUCUGCAGCACCAUGAACGGCUACGACGGCUCGCUCAUCAACAACCUGCUGCAGAACCCCUGGUUCAAGGCCAAGUACACUGUGGGAAACGACGGCAUCUGGGCCGGCAUUGUGUCUUCCAUGUACCAGAUUGGUGGUGUCGUCGCCCUUCCCUUUGUCGGCCCUGCCAUUGACGGCUUUGGCCGCCGAAUCGGCAUGCUGUUGGGUGCCAUCCUCAUUGUCGUCGGCACCAUCAUCCAGGGUCUGUCAAACUCGCAGGGCCAGUUCAUGGGCGGCCGCUUUCUGCUUGGAUUCGGCGUCUCCAUUGCAGCGGCAGCGGGCCCCAUGUACGUGGUUGAGAUUAACCACCCUGCAUACCGUGGACGCGUUGGCGCCAUGUACAACACUCUCUGGUUCUCGGGUGCCAUCAUCUCGGCCGGUGCCGCUCGAGGCGGCCUCAACGUCGGAGGCGACUACUCGUGGCGACUCAUCACCUGGCUCCAGGCCCUCUUCUCCGGCCUCAUCAUCAUCUUCUGCAUGUUCCUGCCCGAGUCCCCCCGCUGGCUCUACGUGCACCACAAGAAGGACGCCGCCAAGGCUGUGCUCACCAAGUAUCAUGGCAACGGAAACCCCGACUCCGUCUGGGUCCAGCUCCAGCUCUUCGAGUAUGAGCAGCUCCUCAACAUGGACGGCGCCGAUAAGCGCUGGUGGGAUUACCGGGCGCUCUUCCGCUCGCGCGCCGCCGUCUACCGUCUGUUGUGCAACGUCACCAUCACCAUUUUUGGCCAGUGGGCUGGCAAUGCGGUUCUUUCCUACUUCCUCGGCUCCGUCCUCGAUACGGCCGGCUACACGGGCACCAUUGCGCAGGCCAACAUCACGCUCAUCAACAACUGCCAGCAGUUCGCCUGGGCCAUUCUGGGCGCCUUCCUGGUCGACCGCGUUGGUCGUCGCCCCUUGCUGCUCUUCUCCUUUGCUGCCUGCACCGUGGUCUGGCUGGGCAUGACGGUUGCCUCAUCCGAAUUUGCGCAGUCGUUCAUCGGAAAUGACGCCAACGGCGAUCCCAUCUACAGCAACCCCAGCGCUUCCAAGGCUGCCCUGGCCAUGAUCUUCAUCUUUGGUGCCGUCUACUCUGUGGGCAUCACUCCUCUGCAGGCCCUGUAUCCCGUCGAGGUGCUCUCCUUUGAGAUGCGCGCCAAGGGCAUGGCCUUUUCCAGCUUUGCCACCAACGCUGCUGGACUCCUGAACCAGUUUGCAUGGCCCGUGUCCAUGGACAAGAUUGGCUGGAAGACGUACAUUAUCUUUACCAUCUGGGAUCUCGUCCAGACGGUUGUCGUCUACUUUUUCAUUCCCGAGACCAAGGGACGCACUUUGGAAGAGCUUGACGAAAUCUUCGAGGCCAAGAACCCGGUCAAGACGUCGACGACGAAGAAGGCCGUGGCCGUGGACAGCCACGGCGACAUUGUCAAUAUCGAGAAGGCUUAA